AUGGCACCACCGACAAAGAAGAGAUCAAAUAGCUUCAUAGAGAACAGUGACGAGGAAGUGGGCGAUAAGCCUUCGAGCAAAUCUGUCAGAAAGGAACACACGGCUGAGACGGAGGAGGGCGCAAAAACAGACACACCCAACACACCCAAACAAACCGCAAAUGGCGUGGAAAUUGAUCAAAACAAGGAAGGGGAUAAGUUCUUUGAAGUCGGUAACAAAAGAUCACGUAGAGUGACUGUCUCCUCGUUCAAAAACACACCGCUUAUCGAUAUCAGAGAAUUCUAUACGAAUAAAGAGGGAGAGUCAGCUCCAGGUAAAAAAGGCGUAUCACUUAAACCGGAUGAGCUGCAACUCAUCGUCGACAACCACGCUUCUAUCCAGGAGAUGCUCGAUGGUCUUAAUAUUAAACGCAAAUAA